ACAAUUUUAUUUUUAUUUAUUUAUUUUUCGCCCAAAUUUAUUUUUCUCACCAGCAACAAACAAACCCUAGAGAGAUAAAAACAUACAAAUCCCAAAAGUUGAGAGAUCGAAAUCAAACAAACUCCUCAAGGUUCAAGAUUAAGGCUUCUGCACAGGUUUCAGGGACCAGGGUUUUCAUAAUCAUGAGGUUCAAGAGGGGAAGUAAAGUGGAGGUUAUGAGCAAAAAGGAGGCGCUGAUCUCAUGGCGCUGUGCUGAAAUCAUCUCUGGUAAUGGUCAUACUUACAGUGUGAAGUAUGAUUGUUAUCCGGGCUCAACAAAUGAGGUUGUGGAGAGGGUGCCCAGGAAUGCUAUUAGGCCUUGUCCUCCUUCUAUGGAAGGUGUUGAGAUUUCUUUGGUUGGUGAUGUUGUGGAUGUUUUUGAUAAUUUUUCGUGGAAGAUUGCUACAGUCUUGAAGGGUUUGGACAGAGAUCAUUAUUUGGUGAGGUUACUUGUAGUUACCCAGGAAUUCAGAAUCCACAAAUCAAACAUCAGGGUCCGCCAAUCUUGGGAAGACAACAAAUGGGUUGUGAUUGGAAAGGGGUCUAGAAGUUGUGAAGAUGUGAAAGCAAACAAGUUGUCAACUUCAAUUUUUCAUUGCAAAACAAGCUUUCAAAAGCUGCAAGUCAAUACAAAGAUCAAGCUGCAAGCAGGAGAUGAUCAUUUUGCUGCUCAGGAGAAUGAAGGACUGCAGGAACCUUAUAUGGUCUCUUCUGGAACACUGAAGAGAGCAUCUCCAUACCGCUCCUCUCUUUUUGAUGCAUGUACUGCCAAUUUUCAGAAAAGAAGAGCAAUUGAGAAUGAAGGUAGGCGUCAGAGAUUUGCUCCAGCUCCGUUACAAGAAAAGGAUUGUAUGUUCUUAGGAUGGAGGCACUACAAUUCACCAGACGGUUUAUUUUCCCAGGAGUGGGACUGGUACUGCAGGAUCAUUGGGUUCGUGCUCCCUGGUUGUGGCUCUUAUGGUUUCAUUUGUUGGGAGUGUUCCAAUCUCCUAGACCUUUGUUUGUGGGGCACAAUCUCUCCAAUAAGCCACCAAAAAGUUUGUGGGCCCUCUUAUUUGACCAGCCUGGACCUUCAUGGGUUCAUGUGGUGCUUAUAGGUGCAUCUUCUGGGUCAUUGGAUCAGCUUUAAAGCCUUUGCUGCAAUUGAAAAUGGUUCGUAACAUAGUCCCGUGUUUUGAAAAAUUGAAUCUCUGAGACGACUUUCAUUCUUAUCAAAAGUAUGUACUAAGCUCCAAACAACUCCCUUUGAAUUGAAUUGACUUUAUUAGAAAUGGAAAUAAAAUAUAUAAACCUUCAUUCUUUGAAAUUUAGGAGUUUACUGAAGGCGCAUCCCCGCCGCUGUAGUUAAAUCAUAAUAGGCCCAUGUUGGAUGCCUUAAAAAGCAUGAUUAAACGAUUUAACUUUCAUGAUAAAAGCUUUAAGUAAAACACAUUAUAGAGAUGUAUGAAUUAUGAAACUUGGGUUUUGCCAUGCUUCACCGUCUCCUUUUUGUAGCAGAUUCAGUUUUAGUUGUUGAUUGAGCAAACAUUAAAGGAUCAUCAGUUGAGGCUUGGGGCUCAGUAGUGGCUGGGUCCUCAAGUUCAUGGCCAUGCUACUGAUAUCAGGAGGUACAGUUUUCCUCCCUCCUAUGCGUAAAACAUUAUUAUGACCAAAUUUGUAUUGUUACCACCAACUGAUUGAGUUCAAGGAUGAUGGUUAAUAUAAUGAUGAUAUUGAAUAGCUGGGCAUCACGGAUUCAAAUCAUGGAAACAGCCUUUCACCACGCACGGGGGUAAGGCUGCAUACAUACUCAACCUGAACCCAACAGUGGCCGGAGCGUCAUGCCCGGUGACUGGUGACUGCCCUUUCAGUAGCUUGUCAUACUGAUGUUUAGAACUCCUAGUGAACUUAUUCUUAUUAGGUGGACCUUUAACUUCUAUCAAUUCAAAUGGGCACAUUUUUGUUGAGUCAAAUGUUGGAUCAAAAUGUUGACCUUUAUUUUAUUUCGUGCAUGUAAGCCAGGGAAAACUUUUUUUUCUUCAUUUAGAAGAGGCAUAAAACAGCAACAAAUAAGAUGAACUAUUAGAUGGUAUGCCUGCAAAUGCAGUAGUGCAAGAAGGUGUCAAUCAAGCUCUACCGAUUUCCAAACACAGCUGAAAAAAGAAGCGGAAGAGAAAACACGGUGAAGUCAUCGACAUCCUUGUGAUUCUUUGUGCAAAGUAGUGUAGGCAUAAUUUGAGUGAGAGAGAUUGCAGCAGAGAAGACAAAGGUAUUGAUCUUGGCUGUCUCGUUCCUCCAUCAAGGUCUGCUCACAGUGCCAGAUCAACACGAGGUGCUUAUAAAUAAUCUGUUAAAGAAACUGACAAGGGAAAUUUCAGAGCAAUGACAUGUGGUGUAAAAACAUGGUUCUUGUGGAUGUGAAGUUGGGUGAGAGAUUUGUUUGUGAACUUUCUUUGCUAUAGAGCAGCAAUCUCGCCAUCUAUUUGUAGUCUCACAAAAAAAUUGGUUUAUUAUUUUGUUAAUUUGAAAUCGUUCUGGCAUGAAUGUUGAAUUUGAAGUUAUUAUGGCAUUAAAAAAGUCUCGUUCUUGUUACUCAUCAUCGCACCAGGAUAUGCAAUGAAUAAUAAGGUACCACCUUCUUAGUUGAAUAA